CGAGUUGGUGUGUGUCGAAGAAUCCUGACCAACUACGACCUGGGGAGAGCAGCCAACCGAGAAGCUCCACCGAGCCUCGCCUAGGUCCGCUGCGCGGGCUGCGGUCCGGAGCCUUCUCCGGACCGCGGUCACCCAGUGGACCGGGCCAUCGCCGGACCCCUCAUCCUUCGUGACAUCGCAGAGGACUCCUCGUGAGGAACAGGAGGGUUUUAAGAACCAACCACGAGGGUCCCAGGAUCCAGGGCUCCCUCCCCAGGGGAGUGAAGCCCCUCCCACCGCCGCCAUGGCUGCUGCGGGUGGUUCCUCCAACUGCCCGCCCCCUCCCCCUCCCCCUCCUCCCAACAACAACAACAACAACAACACGCCGAAGAGUCCCGGUGUGCCUGACACCGAUGAUGAAGAUGAACGCAGACAUGAUGAGCUCCCUGAAGACAUCAACAACUUUGACGAACACAUGAACAGGCAGUUUGAGAAUAUGAGCCUGCUGGAUCAGGUGGAGUUACUUGCACAGAGUUACAGUUUCCUGGAUCAUUUAGAUGACUUUGAUGAUGAUGAGGACGAUGACUUUGAUUCAGAAACUGACCAGGAUCAGCUCCCUGAGUACAGUGACGAUGAUGACCUGGAGCUUCAGGGUGCUGCAGCAGCCCCUAUCCCCAACUUUUUCUCCGAAGAUGACUGCCUUGAAGACCUUCCUGAGAAGUUUGAUGGCAACCCUGACAUGCUGGGUCCUUUCAUGUAUCAGUGCCAGCUCUUCAUGGAAAAGAGCACCAGAGAUUUCUCAGUUGACCGCAUCCGUGUCUGCUUCGUGACAAGCAUGCUGAUCGGCCGUGCCGCCCGCUGGGCUACUGCCAAGCUGCAAAGAUGUACUUACCUGAUGCACAACUACACUGCCUUUAUGAUGGAGCUGAAGCAUGUCUUUGAAGACCCUCAGAGACGUGAAGCUGCCAAACGCAAGAUCAGACGUCUGCGCCAGGGCCCUGGACCUGUUGUGGACUACUCCAAUGCAUUCCAGAUGAUUGCCCAGGACCUGGAUUGGACUGAGCCUGCCCUGAUGGAUCAGUUCCAGGAAGGCCUCAACCCAGACAUUCGCGCAGAGCUGUCUCGCCAGGAAGCCCCCAAGACCCUGGCUGCUCUGAUCACUGCCUGUAUUCACAUCGAGAGAAGGCUGGCCCGUGAUGCUGCUGCAAAGCCCGAUCCUUCACCGAGAGCCUUGGUGAUGCCUCCAAACAGCCAGACCGAUCCCACCGAGCCUGUGGGAGGUGCCCGCAUGCGCCUGUCCAAGGAAGAAAAAGAGAGACGCCGGAAAAUGAACUUGUGUCUCUACUGCGGCAACGGGGGACAUUUCGCCGACACGUGUCCAGCGAAAGCCUCCAAAAAUUCGCCGCCGGAACUCCCCGGCCCCGCUGUAGGGGGACCUUCAGCGACAGGGCCAGAACGAAUAAGGUCCCCACCCUCCGAGGCUUCGACUCCGCACCUACAAGUGAUGCUCCAGAUUCAUAUGCCGGGCAGACCCACCCUGUUUGUCCGAGCUAUGAUUGAUUCUGGUGCAUCUGGCAACUUUAUUGAUCAAGACUUUGUCAUACAAAAUGCAAUUCCUCUCAGAAUCAAAGACUGGCCAGUGAUGGUGGAAGCUAUUGAUGGGCAUCCAAUUGCCUCGGGCCCAAUCAUUCUGGAAACCCACCACCUGAUAGUUGAUCUGGGAGACCACCGUGAGAUACUGUCAUUUGAUGUGACUCAGUCUCCUUUCUUUCCUAUUGUCCUAGGAAUUCGUUGGCUGAGCACACAUGAUCCUCACAUUACCUGGAGCACUCGCUCUAUUGUCUUCAACUCUGAUUACUGCCGACUUCGCUGCCGGAUGUUUGCACAGAUACCUUCUAACUUACUGUUUACUGUGCCACAACCGAAUUUGCAUCCGUAUCUACUUCAUCAUGUGCAUCCGCAUGUGCAUCCGCAUAUGCAUCAGCAUCUGCAUCAGCAUCUGCAUCAGUUUCUGCAUCCAGAUCCGCAUCAGUAUCCGCAUCCGGAUCCGCAUUAUCAUCAGCAGCAGCAGGCGGAUAUGCAGCACCAACUGCAGCAGUAUCUAUAUCAGUAUUUGUACUACCAUCUGUAUCCGGUUAUGCACCACCAUCUGCCUCCAGAUCAGCAUGAGCAUCUGCAUGAGUAUCUGCAUCAGUAUCUGCAUCAGUAUCUGCAUCAGUUUCUGCAUCACCAUCUGCAUCCAGAUCUGCAUCAGUAUCUGUAUCAGUAUCUGCAUAACCAUAUGAAUCCGGAUCCACAUCACCAUCCUCAUCCGGAUCCACAUCAGCAUCCAGAUCCCCAUCAGGAUCCGCAUCACCAGCCUCAUCCGGAUCCACAUCAGCAUCCAGAUCCCCAGCAGGAUCCCCAGCAGGAUCCCCAGCAGGAUGCCCAGCAGGGUCCCCAGCAGGAUCCCCAGCAGGAUGCCCAGCAGGAUCCCCAGCAGGAUCCCCAGCAGGAUGCACAGCAGAAUCCCCAGCAGGAUCCCCAGCAGGAUGCACAGCAGGAUCCCCAGCAGGAUCCCCAUAUGGAUCCCCAUCAGGGUCCACAUCAGGAUCCCCAUAUGGAUCCACACCUGCAUCCGCAACAGCAUCCACAGCUGCAUCCACACCAGCAUCCGCAGCUGCAUCCGAACGGGCAUCCUAACCCGCAUCAGCAGCCACCAUUCUUCUACCACAUGGCUGGAUUCAGAAUUUACCACCCUGUAAGGUAUUGCUAUAUUCAGAAUGUGUAUACACCUGUUGAUGAGCAUGUCUAUCCGGGUCACCGGGUGGUUGACCCUAACAUUGAGAUGAUUCCUGGAGCACACAGCCUUCCCAGUGGACAUUUGUACUCAAUGUCUGAGUCUGAAAUGAAUGCUCUGCGAAAUUUCGUGGACAGGAAUGUGAAAGAUGGGCUCAUGACUCCCACUGUGGCGGCCAAUGGAGCCCAAGUCCUGCAAGUGAAAAGAGGGUGGAAACUCCAAGUCACUUACAAUUGCCGAGCUCCACAGAGUGGCACCAUCCAAAAUCAGUACCUUCGCAUGUCUCUUCCAAAUAUGGGAGACCCUGCACACCUGGCAAGCUAUGGUGAAUUUGUCCAAGUUCCUGGCUACCCAUAUCCAGCGUAUGUGUACUAUACAAGUCCACAUAUGAUGACUGCGUGGUACCCAGUAGGACGAGAUGUACAUGGAAGAAUAAUUGUUGUGCCUGUUGUAAUCACCUUGUCUCAAAAUACCAACCGCCAGCCUCCGGUGCCCCAGUAUCCUCCUCCACAGCCACCUCCACCACCACCGCCACCUCCACCGCCACCUCCACCUCCACCAGCCUCAUCCUGCAGUGCUGCGUAGAACCUGUCAUGUCCUUUGUAGUCUCUGCCCUCAACUUGAUCCUGUGCAGCUUCUCAAUGACUGUGUGCUACUGGACCUUCUGAGGCAGAGGCAUGCAGGACUAAAGUCAGUUUUCAUCUUGACUGCCAAUUUGUAAGUUGACAGGCCUGGGUUUUACUCUCACCAUCUCAAUCGCAGGCUGCCAACUGUCUUUACAAAGAAGCUGAUACAAACACAGGCCAUGCUGAUUUCUUACAGAGGGAGAGAAGAGGAAGAGAAGAAGAAAGAGGAGGAGGAGGAGGAGGACAUGACCUGCCCGUAUCCUGGGCACCUUAUAAAGGAAGCCAGACUUUUAGGUGCAGUAUGGAAGGCUUCCGUGAUUCUCUUGCUGCACCCCAUGAAACUUCACCACCUUCAAACUCCACUUUCAUGGUUCCGUUAAUUUUCAAGGAGCAGCAACUCGACUGAUUUUCUGCAACAUGAAACACCUCAGCUUGAAAAGGAAGUGCUCUCUCAGACUGACUUGUGAGGGUGCCAUCACAUUCUGGUGCAAAUCAUGUGUACCCAAGAACUCUGUCAUAACAUCUUAUCAUGCCAGGAACUGGUUACCUUAAAGUGUGAAACUUUUCAACCAGAGGCUUCUGGUGGCUUCAGGUGUGUUAGGGGUUUGUAGAAAGUUGUAACCACCUCUCAGUCAUGCAAGAGGGCACAUCAAAAGGACUUCUAAAUUUGGUACCCAAACUUGGACAAGAGCCUGUGAGUUAGUUCAUUGUAACCAACUUGUCAGGAACGUCAGCAAGAAUUUUCAUGACUGUUGUUAAUUGGCUGGAGAAACACCAGCAAAGUUUUGCAAUCAUCCACCCAUUUGUUUGCCUUCAUAUGCAUCUGGACAUCCAUCAACCACCCCUUUAGUGGCAUGGACCAUGAGGAUGUUUAGAGAGGGGAAAUGAUUUUGCACCCAGAUCCACACUCCAUUUGAAGACAUGGAAUUAGAACGCCGGCAUCGUCUUGAAGAUAUGGACUUCUACGGAUGGAGCCUCUUGCUGCUACCUUGAAACAUUUGUCUAACCUCUCUUUCUGUUUGAUUCUCUACUAUUACCAUUAACCCUGCUGCAGGAUUUGUCACCGUUCUGCCUGACUGCUGAGACUCCAUUUUGCUGCUAUGCAAGGAGAUGAAAGAGGCAGGCCUAAAGGAGCAGUAGGACAUAACAUGGUUUUUAUUUCUACCUGCUGUGAAUCUUAAUGGUGAAGUUUCCUUUUUCAUCAGCAUUUAUCUCUUUGUUAUCCUGACAUGUUUUAAUUAGUUCAGUGGGUUUUUUUUCCAUUGGUGG